AUGGUUGGACUUGGUGUUACUCGAUAUUGCCGGCGUAUGUAUGGUACAUUACAUCCAGAAGUUGAUCUGAUAGGUAUUGGUAAGAAAUGGGGGACGAAAGUAUUGAAGGGUAUACCAACCCCCGCUGUCAAGAACGAUAACCUCAACAUCUACAUCUUGUCUCAAUUCCCUUAUCCCUCUGGCUCAAUGCAUAUGGGUCAUGUCCGUGUAUAUACCAUCACAGAUGCUCUUAACAGGUUCUACCAGCUUAAAGGAUAUAAUGUGAUACAUCCAAUGGGUUGGGAUGCUUUCGGACUACCGGCUGAAAAUGCAGCAAUAGAACGAGGCAUUGACCCUUCUGUGUGGACACAUCAGAACAUAAGGAAAAUGAAAGAACAACUGAAUUCGAUGCACGUGAAUUUUGAUUGGAGUCGUGAGGUAACAACUUGUAAUCCUGAUUACUAUAAAUUCACACAGAUGAUCUUUUUGGAGCUAUUUAAGAAUGGACUAGCUUACCGUAAAGAGGCAGAGAUCAAUUGGGAUCCUGUAGAUCAAACAGUACUUGCAAACGAGCAAGUUGACGCAAAAGGGAGAUCGUGGAGAUCUGGUGCCAUUGUACAGAAGCGACUUCUCAAUCAGUGGUUCUUAGGUAUUACGAAGUUUGCUCACGAUCUGCAAAGUGACCUUGAUUAUUUGAAAGAAUGGCCAACGCACGUUCGUACAAUGCAAAAAAAUUGGAUUGGGGAAUCGAAAGGAGUCGAGCUAAUUUUCGAGAUUGAUAGUCAAAAAGUGAAAGUUUUCACAACAAGGGUCGAGACACUUUUCAGCGUUCAGUACGUGGCAUUGUCCUUAGAUCAUUCCAUAACUAGGCAGUUUGCAAGGUCAAAUUCCGAUUUGAAGCGGUUUAUUCAAAAAGCAGAAGAGUCCCCUUAUGAAGACUCGAAGGAAGGAUUUCUACUAGAGGGCAUAGAGGCCACAGUUCCUCUCACUGGAUCAGAAAAUAAAAAGGUCCCUGUGUUUGUGGCACCGUAUGUUCUAGGAAGCUACGGUCAUGGUGCUGUCAUGGGUUGUCCCGCCCAUGAUGAACGUGAUUAUGAUUUUUGGAAGGAAAACAUGAGCAAUCAGCCCAUAAGAAGUUCUAUUGAAAGUCCCUAUGAUAACGAAAGAUCUACUAUACCCUACACAUCUAAAUCGGGUAUUAUCAACUCAAAUGGCGGUGAAUAUGCGGGGAUGUCGACGACAGAUACUGCAAGAGCGAUAACAAAAAAACUUGAGGAACUAAGCUUAGGAAAUUCAACUGUUAAGUAUAAAAUCAGAGAUUGGCUUAUAAGUAGACAAAGAUACUGGGGAGCACCUAUACCAAUAAUACACUGUCCUUCCUGCGGCACAGUUCCUGUACCCAAAGAUCAACUACCAGUUUUGCUUCCGAAGGUCGAAGGCUUGGUUUCCAAAGGCAAUCCCCUUUCGCACUUGGAAGACUUUGUAAAUACUCAGUGCCCUUCAUGUCAUGGCCCUGCAAAGAGAGAAACUGAUACAAUGGACACUUUUAUGGACAGUUCGUGGUAUUUCUUCCGGUAUACAGACCCCCAUAACAAGGAAGCGCCGUUCUCAUUUGAAGUUGCGUCGAAGCUAAUGCCAGUUGACAUUUAUAUCGGGGGAGUUGAACAUGCAAUUCUACACCUUUUGUAUUCAAGAUUUAUUUCUAAAUUUUUCGCUUCAGUAGGAAUGUGGGACGGAUCUUCUUGUAAAGGUGAACCUUUUAAGAAAUUAGUAACUCAGGGAAUGGUGCAUGGGAAGACGCUAGUUGACCCAGUUAAUGGGAGGUUUCUGAAACCAGAUGAGCUUGAUUAUACUGAUUCCGGAAAGCCUAUUAUUCGUGAAUCUGGGAAGGAGCCUUUGGUAUCAUAUGAAAAAAUGUCCAAGUCUAAAUACAACGGCGCUGAUCCUGAUGAAUGUAUCUCAAAUCACGGCCCUGAUGCAACGAGGGCCCAUAUUCUAUUUCAGGCGCCUAUUAACGACAUUUUAACUUGGGACGAAUCCAAGAUUACCGGAAUCGAGCGGUGGAUGACACGCAUUGUAAAGAUGGCAGACGUAUUAUCCUCGCAAGAUUCUUUAGACGAAAAUUUUAUAACCCCAAAAGAACUCACAAAUUCGGAAAUCAACUUUCAUAACGAAGUUCAGAAUUUAUUGCAAAGCAUAACAACGUCAUUUGAAAAAACCUUGUCGUUAAACACUGUCAUUUCCGAUUACAUGAAACUAACGAACUCAAUAGAAAGCGCCUUGAAAUCAAACGAUAUCAGAGCCAAUUUACAGAUGCUUGCUUUUAAGAAGCUAGUUUCUGCGAUAUAUCCUGUUGCACCUUCAUUGAGCGAAGAAGCUGCUGAUAUCAUAAAGACAAAGUUACAAUGGAAAUGGAAUCAAUAUAUUUGGCCUGAAGUCGAAGGUGCCAGGGAAUCUAACCUCAUUGAUUAUCAAAUUUUCAUUGGAGGAAGAAUGAGAUUCACUCAUAGGGCUGAUAAGGCAUUUAUUGAGGAUCGCGCAAAUGCCAUUGCCACACUUCAGAGUCUUCCUGAAAGUAAGAAAUUUCUUACUGGCAAAACCAUCAAGAAUGUCAUAUUAAAAAAGAAAGUGAUUAGCUUUGUGCUCGCAUAG